AUGGAUUCGCAAUCGUUUGAAUACUGGAUGGCCCAGGGCAAUUGCAUCGCACCGCCACACCAGACCACGGUGUUCGAGAUGUCACCCGAACUUUCAAAGGUCCCCAGUCUCAGCGGUUCUCCGAUCUCUUCCACCUACGACGCCUUCUCUGCGCCAAUUCAGCCAGCCUACUACCCUCAUAUCGUGGACGAGCAAAUGCAGUUUGGCUCAUAUCCUAUGCCAAUGACACCGUCGGAUUUCGGCUCAGACCACGACAUUCCUUACGGCAGUUCUCCUCCAGCAGCACUUGCCAAACCCGUAUUCACGACCAUACAUGGCUCACCGUCAACGGAGAGGACACCUGUCACGUCCGGUCGACGACGCGCCCAAAACCGAGCUGCCCAACGCGCAUUCCGUGAGCGCAAGGAGAAACACGCUCGCGAUCUUGAGGAACAACUCUCUCUCCUGACCGAUAGAUAUAACAAGCUCGAAGUCUCGCAUUCGGAACUCAACUCUGCGUACGAGAAGCUCAGGAAGACUAUUGAACUUUUGACACAAGACGACGACGCCGAUGGUGAAUACGAAGAAGGGGUGGCGCCGCACAGAAGAAGCAGCAAUUCAGAUACACUUCGGAAGCUGCUCGAAAUCCUACACGGGGAAUUCAAGGUCAUCGCGGCGGUGAAAGCCGAGAGUCCUUGA